UGUAGUAGUAAUUGACUAAGUCAAAUUCUAAAUGUGAAAUCAUAGCUGUUGAGCUUAUUUAAGCUAGCAACUAGCAAAAAUAUAUUAAAUAUAAUUUAAUCUGACAAAAAAUUAAUAUAAAGUCUUAUUUCAAUCGUCACGAAAGCCAAAACUGGACAUCGAUAUAGUUAAUAGCUAUAAACGGUCACACUUUACUCUCAGCUGUUGGAAUAGUAUGUUCCGUGUGUAAAUAAAUGAAACAAAACAAAAACAAUUAACAAUAUUAAUUUUGCCUUCUUCGCAAUAAUCUAUUAAUAAUAUUUAACCUGAACUGAGCUUGCGUAUGAUAAAAACUUAAACUUCAAUAUUUUGCGGUUCAAUUUGAAAACAAAAAAGGAAGAAAAUGGAAGAUGAUGUUAUAGUAAUAGUGCCGAAGAAAGCACCGAAAUCAGCUAAAAUAUAUAAAUGCCCAAAAUGCAGCUAUCAAACCAAUCGCGCCUACAAUGUUCAACGACAUAUGGUCAACCACUACGAGAAGCCUCCAAUGGAGCUGCAGCACAUUUGUCCAUAUGCUGGCUGCUCCUUCACAACAUUGCGUUGGGAUAAUCUCAUACGUCACCGACAGGGAAUACAUCGUGAAUCGACUAAUGCCACUACAAAGAUUAAAAACAAGAAAGAAAUUAAAAUGUCAUUUCAAGAGGACUCCACGCUCAGCGACGAUGGAAAUCUUUCAACUGCACCAAGUAUUGAAUAUCCAGCUAAUAAAGAAGAAGAGGAAGAAGAAUUUGCUUUUGAGGAGGAUGACCAAGCAUCACUGCCAUAUGAUGAGAAUGACGAGUCAAUGGAAGAGUAUCCAGAGCCAAUAAGUGAAGCACAGUCAAAGCACGAAACCAAAAUCAACAAACAAAAUAUUGUCAAGCCGAAAAGAACCCAUCAGAAAGGCAAAACAAAAACGUAUGAAUGCAACAGCUGCAGCUAUCGUACGACUCGUUGUUAUAAUAUUAAGCGACAUAUUGUCAAGCACAUGGAGAAUCCUGGUGCCGGUGUCGAGCUGCAUGUCUGCAUUAUUGCUGGCUGCAAGUUUGUAACGCCUCGCUGGGAUAACCUAUGCAGACAUGUGAAGAGAAUACAUCCCGAAACUGUUAACAAAGAACCAAAUGGAAGAUAAAAACCGUUUUUGUAAUUACAGAUACUAAAGAAUUAUUUGAAUUGAA